AUGGAAAAAAGAGAUUCGAAUGAUGAAAAUUACAGAGAAGCAGGUGUAGCAUCACCAAUUGAAGAAGAAAGGGAUUCGAAUAAUGAAAACUACAGAGAAGCAGGUGUAGCAUCGCCAAUUGAAGAAGCAAACAAUAAUAAUUUAGAAAAAAGAGAUUACCAAAAUUUCUUCGAAUAA